CGCCGUCCCACCGCUGCUUCCCUCACGAGCGGCCGCCGCGGCACUCGGCCCGCUCGCCGCCCGUCGCCGCCGGUCUCUGCAGCUGUUUUGGUUAAAAGAGGUGCCUUAAAUUAACCUUCAGGACAGUCAGACUGAAGUGCAAGCAGAGCCUGUAAGGAAAAGAUCUCUCUCUGAAAAUGGCGGAAGCUCAUCAGGCAGUAGCUUUUCAGUUUACAGUAACUCCAGAUGGGAUUGACCUGCGUAUGAGCCAUGAGGCACUCAAACAGAUUUACCUCUCUGGUGUCUAUUCAUGGAAGAAGAAGUUCAUCAGAUUCAAGAACGGAAUUAUCACCGGUGUUUACCCUGCUAGCCCAUCUAGCUGGCUUAUUGUAGUUGUGGGUGUGAUGUCAACCAUGUAUGCUAAAAUUGAUCCUUCCUUAGGGAUAAUAGCCAAGAUCAACAGAACACUUGAUACAACUGGCUAUAUGUCAAACCAAACACAGAACAUUGUGAGUGGAGUACUUUUUGGCACAGGGCUUUGGGUUGCCCUUAUUGUCACAAUGCGCUACUCCCUGAAAAUGCUGCUCUCCUACCAUGGCUGGAUGUUCUCUGAGCAUGGCAAGCUUAGUGCUGGCACCAAGUUUUGGAUGACCCUUGUAAAACUUUUCUCAGGGCGUAAACCCAUGCUAUACAGUUUCCAGACAUCAUUACCACGAUUGCCAGUUCCAGCUGUUAAAGACACAGUUAAUAGGUAUCUGGAGUCAGUUCGACCACUUAUGGAUGAUGAAAAGUUCAAAAGAAUGGAGGGUCUUGCCAAAGAUUUUGCUUUUAAUUUGGGACCAAGGCUUCAGUGGUAUUUGAAGCUAAAAUCCUGGUGGGCCACCAAUUAUGUUAGUGAUUGGUGGGAAGAAUACAUAUACCUUAGAGGACGUGGACCAAUCAUGGUUAAUAGCAACUAUUUUGCAAUGGACUUCCUUUCUUUAUAUCCCACAACCCUGCAGGCAGCUAGAGCUGGUAAUGUUAUCCAUGCCAUCCUGCUCUAUCGGAAAAAACUGGACAGACAAGAAAUCAAGCCAAUUCUUUUGAUGGGAUCCACUGUUCCACUCUGCUCAGCUCAGUGGGAAAGGAUGUUUAACACUUCCCGUAUCCCGGGAGAGGAAUCAGAUACCCUCCAGCAUGUGAAAGACAGCAAGCACAUUGUUGUGUACCACAAGGGCCGUUACUUCAAAGUGUGGCUGUACCAUGAUGGCAGACUGUUGAGACCCCGAGAAAUUGAACAGCAAAUACAGAGAAUUCUUGAGGAUGAUUCAGAACCUCAGCCUGGUGAAGAGAAACUUGCAGCUCUUACUGCAGGAGAUAGAGUACCAUGGGCUAAGGCUCGUCAGGCUUAUUUUAGCCGUGGAAAGAACAAGCAGUCCUUAGAUGCUAUUGAGAAAGCAGCAUUUUUUGUGACAUUGGAUGACAUGGAGCAGGGGUACAGGAAGGAGGACCCAGUGAAGUCACUGAAUGCAUACGCAAAAUCAUUGAUACAUGGCAAAUGUUAUGACAGGUGGUUUGAUAAGUCAUUCACUCUUAUAAUAUUCAAAAAUGGCAGAAUGGGUCUGAAUGCAGAGCACUCCUGGGCAGAUGCUCCUAUUGUUGGACACCUGUGGGAGAAUGUGAUGGCAACUGAGUAUCUUGAACUGUGCUAUUCAGUAGAUGGACAUUGCAGAGGAGAUCCCAAUCCCAAUAUUCCCAUUCCUACCAAACUGCAAUGGGAAAUUCCAGAAGAAUGCCAAGAAGUGAUUGAGAAGUCUCUGAGCACUGCUGUAGCUCUAGCAGAUGAUGUGGACUUCUGUUCAUUUUGUUUUGAUGGUUUUGGGAAAGGACUAAUAAAGAAAGUGAAAACCAGCCCUGAUGCCUUUGUGCAGCUUGCCCUGCAGCUCGCUCACUACCGGGACAUGGGAAAGUUUUCUCUAACAUAUGAAGCAUCCAUGACACGCCUGUUCCGAGAGGGCAGGACCGAAACGGUUCGCUCGUGCACGGUGGAGUCCUGUCGUUUUGUCAAAGCCAUGGAAGACCCCACUGAAAGUAGGGAAAAUACGCUGAAGCUUUUCCGGCAGGCAGCUGACAAGCACCAGCACUUGUACCGCCUCGCCAUGACGGGGGCGGGCAUCGACCGCCACCUCUUCUGCCUCUACGUCGUGUCCAAGUACCUCGCUGUAGAUUCUCCUUUCCUCAAGGAAGUUUUGUCAGAGCCUUGGAGGCUGUCAACGAGUCAGACACCCCAGCAGUACAUUGAUCUGAAGAAGAACCCGGAGAUGCUGUCCUCUGGUGGAGGGUUUGGACCAGUGGCUGAUGAUGGCUAUGGUGUUUCUUACAUGAUCUUGGGUGAAGAUUUCAUCCAUUUCCAUGUCUCCAGCAAAAUAUCUUGUUCUGAGACGGAUUCUCAUCGCUUUGGAAUGAACAUCAAGAAAGCACUGGUUGACAUCAUGGCUUUAUUUAACCUCAGUAAAAACUGUACCAAGUGAUCUGCUUGCUUGAUGCCAAGCAAUCUCCUCUUGGUGGCAUGAGGACUCUGCUGCACAGUGAACAAGAGCAAGGUUUGUUGAAGAGUAGCUGGAGAAGAAACUGAGUCAGCACCUUCUUGAUCACCUAUUAAAACCUUAGCAGUAUAUUAAA